AUGCUCGGGUGGCUCUUUGCACGUGAUCCGCACGAGGGUCAAGUACUUACAAAGCUCUGCUACAGGCCAUUUGGCCCCCCUUGCGAUUUUGGCUGGCAGCCACAAGUUGUCGAAGUCGCGCCUUUCCCAUCGCUCUCAAAUCUCCACCGUGCUCCAGAAUUCCUCUUUGGGCUGGCCAUAAAGGAGCAGUUACGCGUGUUUGCCUUCUUUGCGACGUGCAUCCUCCUUAGCGCUCUACUUCUCACGUUCGUGAGACUCGUUUUACGGGCUUCGACGCGUUGGUACGCGUCCUCUCUCGUCCUGGUCACUCUUGGCGUCCUCCGCGCAGUUGGCGACGUCCCUUUUGCCAAUCUCGUCAAAAUAUCCGAACUCGAGGAUUCCACUUACGACUUUAUCAUCAAAGCAUUGACCAGCAUCUCCUACCCCACGACCCCCUUUGUCGUCCGCGGUCCCACUGCGUACGCCGUCGGUCUCUUAUAUUCCUUUGAAUUCGGUGCACUUGCACUCAAUCCACUGCUUUCUACCGAAGGUAAAGGUCGCACUACCAGCGAUUGGAUCUUGUUUUUCCUCUCUUCGCUCGUCACCUAUCUAUUCAUCGACACCUUGAUCGAGCUUCCGCUCAUCCGCCGUCGUUUGAAAUUCGUGGUGAUCGAAGAGUACGAGACCAUGUAUUCUUUUGGGCAGUCGGCCCUUGCACUCGCCGCGCUAGUUGCAGCUGCCGUCUUCCUGCUCAGUCUUGCAAUUGAGCUGAUUAGCUCGUCUGUCCGUAGUUCUCUGCGACGUCGUCAUACAGCUCGAGCGGCACGCAAGCUCGGCAGCAAGCUUGGUAGAUCAUAUACCCCCCAAGUCGAGCCCAAGACGGAAGAAGAAAGGAUAAGGGCCAAAAUAAACGAACUUAUAUGGGAGCGGAUGGGAAUGGUCCGACAAUGUUUCCAGACCUUCCAGACCCGAAGCUCCGGCGUGGAGAAUAUGGAUUUUGCAGAAUACUACGCCAGUCUCCGACUUGCCUUCUUGGACAUUGCGCCUCUCCCCCCGAUCAUCAAGGCUAUCAUGGCCGACAUGCGCGCACAAGGUCUGGACGAUUCGUGGUUCCGCCAACGCCUUGCUCAUAUUGAAGAAUUCGCAAUGGACAUUCGAUGGUUGAUGUUUCAUAUCGCCGAAACUUACAACCUGAACGGCGAUGUCGCGAGGCAGCACUCAAUCGACAGACACACGCAGAACCGUGCUCGCGCCACGCUAAGCGAAGUGAAUCCCAUCAUCACCAGACUCAACGACGAAAUGGCCGAAUCUCGACGAGGUUUUGCAUAUGUCAUCCAAGACGCCAGCGAACUACAAGAGUUCGUCAGCGGGCUUAGAGUGCGUCCUGUACCCGUGGCCAUAAAUUUAGCCUCGCGUAUUGCACAUAUACAUAGCACCCUCGAUCGGCUGUAUCAAUCUCUUCCCCCCGUCUCAGAGACGGCACACGAAAGCGGAGAAUCAAUCAAUCAGCAGAUUCUGGAGACCCUUCACAGGACCCGGAUCAAGCUUGAGGAGACGACGGACGAGGCAACACUACUAAAAUCCGACAAGGGAAUUGCGUCCGUCACUGCAGAGCAAGUCCCUGCCUCUGAGUUGACCAUCAAGAGGGAGGAUGUGGAUACAUUGGUGAUCAAGCAAGAGGAGGUAGAUGCAUCUAUGACCUCCUUGGCUCCCACUUUCGAGCAGGAAGGUGCUGCGGUUUCAACCGUCUCUGACAUCGAUAUCAAGCGGGAAGAGCUCGGACAACUUGUCGAGGCAAUCAUUGAUAUCGAAGUCUCCCAUCCUUCACCAAAACGAAUCCCCAACGUCACUUCUCAAUUCGAGACGAUCGUGGACCAAAGUUCAGCCUCCCAACUUGCGGAAACACCUCCAUUUGACGACUUUGUCGACAUUCCGAGCGUCAUUCCCGUAGAGGCUAUGGACGAAGAAGAUGUUCAUCCACUCAGACAUGAUGAAACAGUAGUUUAUGACUACCACUGUGCAGAUGCCUCAGGAUUUGCCGAGGCUCGCGAUGCGGGGCACCCCGCCGAAGUAGCCGAAAGCUUCUUUGAAGUCGUCUUCCCUCCAAAACGUGACGAAAUUAUACCCAUUGACGAAUCUGUAAUCGAGGUGGUGGAAGAGACGGUCCAAGUCUCAAAGUCGACUGCGUUCAUCGUAGAAUACAACGAGGAGGUCACUACGGAAUUCCCUGCCACGGCUGUAACGGAAGCAGUGCACAUAAUCGAGGAGCCCAUCGCGCCUGAAGUCGACAAUCAACCUGCAGAACAACCGCCUCAAAAGCUCGAUGUCAGCAGCGGAGCACCAGAAUCAGCUAUCGAUGAACUUAUCCAGCGAGCCGAAGCCGUCGUCGGGCUUUCAACAGCUCACGAUGAAUCGUGUCUUCUAUCCGAGCAGCCCGCCAAGGACACAGAACAGUCACAUUUAGGCUUGGAAUCAACAGAAGUCGACGAGUUGCCUACUAUAAUCGACGAAGUUCACCAGAUUGACAAUCCAGUUCAUAGGACAGAACCAGUUGUCGAUGCUGUGGCUCCCGCAGAAGUGUCCCUAUCUGUGGAAUCAAUCCAGAAGUCGGAGAGUGCCGCUCUGGAUGAGCCCAUCCCGACGAAUGAAGUCUCCAGGUUUGACUCAUCCGUCGCCGCCAACGAAUCAUAUCAGCAUCCAGAUGAACCACACCAUCGCUCUGAGGACCUCACUCUCGUUGAAAUGGAAACAGAGGCUACCGCGGAGUCGUGUCACGCAUCGGGGUUGCUAAUGGGGCACCGGGAUGAACCGGCACAAACCAAGGAAUCCAUCGAAGUGAACGAGCCUUCGCAACAGGAAUUGGAUGUAUCUAUUCAAACCCCGGACGAUGCUGUUGACCAACUCGGACAAAAUACCACACCGACCUCAUCGAACUUGUCGACUUCGAGGCAGGAAGAUGAUGCAUCCAUCCAAACACCCGACCAAAACGUCAAUAAACUGGGACAAUAUACAGGACUCACAUUAUCGACCAUAUCACCUCAGAGGGAUGGUUCCCGGGAAGAACCGACGGCUUUUUCGGAGGACUUGGAAGAAGCGAAGCCCGCAGAGGCAGAGACCCAUGAACAAACGAUUGAUGAAGUUCAGACCGAAGAAGUUACGACCGUGUUUCCUGGCGCGCCUGACGAGGAUGUCGUACCUCACUCGGCCCAAGAGGUCGCAGUCACUCACGGCAUCCCGUCGGGCCCCUCCGACGUCCAGGUCAGCCUCGACGAAGCCUCUUCAGUUGACAUCAGUUCCUCGAAGACGAAUCUCGAGGAAUGUGAACAAGAUGCGGUUGUUGACAACGAAAGAUCGAUUGAAUCUCCGACUCUACAAGCCUCGCCGGCUGCUGGAACGUCAAGCAAUAAAGGCAAGAAGAGCCCGGGGCACAUGGUCGUCGGGCUUUGGACUGGAACAGACAACAUUGUUUUCAGAACCGACAACUUCCUCAAACUUCAGGACGCUCCACCAGCCUUCACAGCCGAGGAACUUCAACUUGUGGUUGAUUUGGGAUACUAUCUCAUCGCCAGGAUACGUGCUGCAAACCGUGCGGAAACGUCGUCUGCGUCAAAGAUCAUCAACAACCUAGCAGCCUGUAUCAAGAUGGCCAAGGAAAACAAGACCCCAAUCAAUGUUGGUGCAAAGAGUAUCAAUUAUUUCCGCGCGUGUGUAUGGAUCGGCCAAGCGCGUCUGACCAAAUUCCCGGCCCCAAGUUCGACCCGUCCCUUUACGGAAAUUCCUAUCGAGGGUAUCAUCAAACUGUCUGGAUAUGGCCCGGAUGGUUUCAAGCAACUUGGCAUGCUACCGAAUGCCGGCGAAACCUGGGUGCAAUACAUUGCGCGUCUGGGAACCUCCGAUUCUGAAAAGGUCAUGAAGCUGCGCGGCUGGCUACAACACUACAUUUCUGAAAACCCGGAUUUGCUGCAGAGAACAGUACCGAGAGCGCCAGGAUGGGAUACUGGCGUGGCUUUGGAUACCAAUCGCUGCCUUUAUCAUCACCUCCAGAAUCUAUGCCUUUGGCCACCCUACACGUCUGAAAUGUAUUUUUCAUUGGCCCGCUUCAAGGAGCUCAAAGCAGAGAAAAAGGUUGCAGAAGGCGUCGCCGGCCCGUCGGGAGAGGGAGAGUAUCCGCCCACGCCGAAAGAAGCUUUGGCAUCGUUACCUGAAUCACCUUGA